AUGUUUCAGUCGUCCCCGCCGUCGACAACGCAGACUCAGCAGCAGCAGCAGCAGCUGGACCCGGCGCCACUCCAAGAAGAACAUUGGGGGACUGUCCAAGUGUUGAGAAAAGGAUGGCGGUCAGGUUUUUUUUUUUUGGCCGUCAUCAUCUUCUUCUUCGUUGUCGUCAUCAACGCCCUCUUUGUCGGCAGUUGCAAGCUCGAGAUGUCAACCUCAUCCAUAAUUACCUUUUCUUUCUUUUUCUGCUUCCACAAUCGGUCUCCUGGUAGUUUCGUAUUUCCUUCCCGGUGGCUUUUCAACUUGCCUCCGCGUCGCAUUGAAAGUAACCCUGUUCUGCCACUUUUUUCCCGCUGCCACCACCGACUUGAAUCGAGUCUGCUCCCCCCCCCAAGCGACUAGCGAGUCGGAUCGAGCGACGCGACAGAGCCGGCGCGCGCAUGUGUGUCUCUCAAUUGUGGCGGCCCGCCCCUCCCCUUGGCCAGAUGGUGUCUCAUGAAUGGCUGAUGGGCGCGCCGCAGGCGUGGGCCGAGCCCAUGGUGAUGGGCGUCGCCGCGAGGACAAUUUUGUUGAACUGAAUGAUUUGAUGACUGAAUGAUUGAUUCACACAAGGGCCCGCAACGACUUUUUUCUUUCUUGCAUUGUGGGCGAGUACUACAGUUGGUACGUGCUGCUGCUGCUGCCAUCACGCGGCCGCUUUCAGGUUCGGUUCAUGUUGGCCUGUCGACGACGUCGACGUCAACGCCAUGCGCCGCCGCCCGCCGCACACUUUCGCGGUUGUGGGUUGUUUCCCGUCGGCUCUACUAACUAAGUUACUAUACAAUACUAGUAGUAUCUGUGACAGCGCACGUGCUAAUAAUUGGCCCUGCUUGCUUGCUCGAUUGCUUGCUUGCAAGGGCCAGUUAGCAAACAAAAGAAAACAAACAGGCGAAACAUGAGGGCAGGGGGGGGCAGGAGCAGGCAGAAGCGUGAGAGACCCUGUUUGUUGUGUUGACAACAUACCGCAUCCGGGAGUGCUCUCGAACCACCACCAAUGCGAAAUGCGGCAAGCCAGGGAUAUAGUACAUGCACAUACAACAGGUACGAAUACACAAUGUCCGAGGGGUCUUUUUGCGCCUUUUUUUUGUUGCUUUCUUGGGCGUGGCAGAGCAAGGGGAUGCGGCGGUGGAAAGUACAUGU